CGGUGGGCGGAGUAGCUGGGCUCAGCCUGGCCGCGCAGCGCUCCGCUCCUUGUAGUCGCCGUUACCUAUUCACUCAUGCGGAUCCAGCCGUAGCUCAUGGACUAGCAGGAGGUCUGGUGGCGGACUGAAUCUGGCUUGUAGCGGACCGGGAGACCCAGUGGACCAUGGCUGCCAAAGAUGACCUCUACAGUAAAAUCCUCCCUCGGAGGCUCCGGCAGAACCGGUCGGGCUCAGUGAAAUGUGGCUCCAACCUGGACGUGCUGUUAUCCAUGGGCUUCCCCAGACCAAGGGCACUGAAAGCUCUGGUAUCAACAGGAGGUCGAAGUGUGCAAGCAGCAUGUGACUGGCUGUUCUCCCAUGUGGAUGACCCGUUCCUGGACGACCCUCUGCCCAGGGAGUUUGUCCUCUACCUGCGACCCAGCGGACCGCUACAGAACCAGCUCUCCCACUUCUGGCAACAGAGCCGGGUGACUUGUGGCAAAAACAAAGCCCACAACAUUUUCCCCCACAUCACCCUGUGCCAGUUCUUCAUGUGCGCAGACCAAAAAGUAGAAGCUCUAUGCGAGGCCCUCCAGGCCACCGUCCAGCAGUGGCGGGGUCGCUUUCCCAGCCCGCUGCCUCUAGAGCUCUACACAUCCUCCAACUUCAUUGGUCUCUUCGUGGAGGAGAAGGUGGCCGACAUCCUCAAGCAGUUUGCAGCCGACUUUGCCACAGAGGCCGCCAGGAAGGCAGAGGUCCAUGUGGAGCCUCAUAAGAAGCAGCUUCAUGUAACUCUGGCUUACAACUUCCCCACCAAUCACCUCCCAUCACUGGAGAAACUGGCCAAGGGCAUCGAAGUCAAGCUAGGCUGUGAUUGGCUGGCAGUCCUGUUCUCCCGGGACAUUCGUUUUGCAAACCAUGAGACCCUGCGGGUGAUGUACCCCUACGUGCCUCAGAAUGAGGAUGAGCUGGAGCUGGUUCCUGGCGACUUUAUCUUCAUGUCUCCAGUGGAUCAGAGUAGCACCAGUGAGGGCUGGGUUUACGGGACCUCGCUGGCCUCUGGGCUGUCUGGCCUGCUGCCUGAGAACUAUGUCAGCCUGGCCGAUGAGUCCGACACCUGGGUCUUCCAUGGCUCCCAUUCAUUUUUCAGCUGUGGGCCCAGUGACAGGACCAGUAAGGAGAGAGGGAUGUUUGAUGGACUGCUGGACAGCCGACGCGCCGAUAACACGAGUCCUGGAGACACGCCCACCCUCAGUCUCAUAUGUCAUCCAAUGCAGCAGGUCCUGCGGAUUAGCGGUAGUCACUCCAGGCAGCCAAAGAGGACGCUUUUUGUGUGUCGGCACGGUGAGAGGAUGGACGUGGUCUUUGGCAAACACUGGCUCUCCCUCUGCUCAGACAGUAAAGGUAGAUAUGUACGUUCCAAUCUGAACAUGCCUCCCAGUUUGCCGCUGUGGGGAGGACAGAGAGACUAUGACAUGGACGCUCCUAUCACUGUGUUUGGAUCCACGCAGGCUCGACUUGUGGGUGAGGCCCUUUUAGAGAGUAACACAGUGAUAGACUUUGUGUACUGCUCUCCCUCUCUGCGGUGUGUUCAGACUGCACAGAACAUCCUGAAAGGUUUGCAGCAGGAGGGCAAGCUGAAGGUGCGGGUGGAACCGGGGCUUUUUGAAUGGACCAAGUGGGUUUCUGGGAACACCCUGCCUGCCUGGAUACCUCCCACUGACCUGGCUGCAGCCCACUUCAGUGUAGACACAACAUACAGACCUCUGAUCCCAGUCAGCAAGCUCGCUGUGUCUGAACCCUAUGAGAGCUACAUGAGCCGGAGCUACCAAGUGACCAAAGACAUCCUGUCAGACAGCAAAAACACUGGAAACAACGUGCUGAUUAUAGCCCACGCUUCUUCCUUAGAGGCCUGUACACGCCAGCUGCAGGGCCGCAGCCCGCAGAGCGCCAAGGACUUCAUCCAAGUAGUCCGAAAGAUCCCCUACCUGGGCUUCUGCUCCUGUGAGGAGCAGGGAGACACUGGGGUGUGGCAGUUGGUGGACCCUCCCAUCCUCCCCCUCACACAUGGACCAAACCACAGCUUUGACUGGAGGGAGGCACUUCUGCAAGCGUGACAUCUUCCUGAUCCAAACUCCGGCCAACCUGAGGGAGACGUGAAUUUGGGCAGUGUGGGGGUCAGCUGCACUGUGUGGGAGAGCGCUCACUGAAACCAAACUGGAUUAUGUCAUCGCAGUCUCAGAACAUUUGGUGAAAUUAUCAUGUGUUAUAACAGUUUGCUCUGUGCAUGAUUAGCAAGAAAAAUAUUUUUUCACCAGCAUGAAUGAAUACUACAACUACAGUAGUAGAGUGACACUGAAGUAAUGCAUUGAAAGCAAAAGUGUGACAGGUGGAGAUUUUAGCUACCUUUUAUUUUCAGCCCAGCUGACUCAGGUUUUAUUUGUAACCCAUCAGUAAAGCAGAAAAAUGUCUGUACUUUGCUAAACAAAAAAGUUUUUAUUCCCUAAAUAUUAGCUGGAUAACCCUGAACUCAGCAAACAUUGGUUUACUUGCCUAAACUGGCUAGUGUUUGCAUUAGGUGUAGCUAGGGCUGGGCGACAUGGGAAGAAAUGUUUUCA